AUGGGCCAGAAGAACUACAAGCGGCUGUACUACAACCUCCUGCGCUCUCAGGAAAACGACGCACAAGUUCAGGAGAUCCCGAUAACAGAAUACCCUCAGCCAGAGAUAAGCUGCUACACGACACCGAUUGCCACCGUUGUCAUCGGUCAAACACACUUCAAGAUCGCUGAAUACCACCUGCGCCCUUAUUCAAGCUUAUCACACAACUCGUCGGAACUUCAUAUCAGCGACAUCAACGAAGAUAUCGGACAUACGUUCAUUCACUUUCUCAGCACCGGCUGCUAUGAAACACUCAAGCCCACCGAUCUUGGCCCGGAGAAUUGCCCUUGGGCUCGCGAAUUCGAGCGCAGCGUUUAUGCCUAUCAUGCUGCGAGGCGCUACAGCAUCUUCGGACUCGAGGAACACGCUAAACGGUAUAUGCUGACUUUCAGUGAAGAAGUGUCAACGCGACAACUUCUGAAGACUGUUAGCAAGGUGUACUCGGAACUUCCGGGCCACGAUUCAUGGUUCGAGAGUUUCAUCCGGGACAAGCUCGCUGCUGCUUUCGAAAAGGAUGAAUUCAGCUUUAGGUACCGCGUCGUGCGCGACGGCCUGGGUUCUGAUGACGAUUUCAACCGAUUCUUGAUGUACACGACUUUGGAGAUCUACGCGGAUAAAUUGACUUCGCUGCGGGAAACCGCACCGAACGGACACCACCAGACCAACGGCCAUGCAGAAAUCCCUUCGGAGGAGAAAGGUCCUGCUGAAGAAAAGCAGUCGACUACCGAAUCUCCGGAUGAUAAGGAUGAGAGCUCGCCACGGUACUCCAAUGAGCCGCUUUCCGCAGAUGACACGCCAACUGUCGUAAAUGCUGUGAACUCACGGCCCCAAUCGCCGAUCCCACCUUCAACGGCUUUCUUAGCCUCUCCGGCCCAGAAUGGAUACAAUUGGGCUUCAUCUUGCAGUGAUUCUCCCCCUAGGGAGUUUCCGGCAUUUGCUCCUUCGCCCCCUUUGAUUAGGCGAGAGACUGUAGACUGGGCAGAUCCGGAUCCAGAGCCAGAGCGAGAACCAAGCUUUCGGCCAGAGACGGAGCCGCCAAUUACAGAUCAAAAGCCAGAUCGGGAGCUUGAGUCAGAGCAACCGCCAAAGCAGGAGCCCGAGCAGAAGCCAGAGCUGGAGAUAGAGCAAAGACCCGAGUCGGUGCUGGAACAAGAGCCAGAGCCCGUACCUGAGCCAAAGCCCGAGCAAAAGCCCGAGCCAAAGCCCGAGGCGCAGCCGCAGACACAACCGCCAUUGCAACCCCUCCCUCCACCGGACCUCAAACGAAAGACAGAACCCGAGCCCGUGAUCAAAACGGAGCCAGAGUUAAAGUCAGUACCACUCCCGAAGCCGGCGCCUGGAAAUCAGGCGGCACCGGCAGAGCAGCCCGCUCAGCCUAAAAAAAAGAACAAGCCCAACUCACACAGAAGGAAGAAGAAGAACGCCCAAAUGCAUGCAGCGGCUGCUCAGCAAGCUGGGCCACAAGCCAACGGGUCGGCCGCGAAGCCAUAA